CGGUACUGUAGUAUUUUUCCUUUGAUGAUAAUCAUUUUAUUUUAACAAUUUUUUUAUUUGGUGCUUACCUAAUCAAACGUAUAUGAACCGUUAGUAAGUUAUGUUGAAGCUCCACAGUGCAUCUCUUCCCAUACAGUAUUUUUGGAAAUCCCUUUUUAUACAGUUCUAGUUCUCCGAUCAGCAGGAGAUUUCCUCCUUUGGUCUGUGAAUUCUUCCGCUGAUUUUUCCCUCUCGUCAGUGUGUACUUUCAAUGUUCUGUCUAUUAUCUCAGCUACACUGAAUUUAUAGUAUUUAUGGUAUUCUGUCUAUUCUCUCAGCUUCUUUUGAUCUUCGCUGCCCUUUUUCUGAAGAAUUUAAGUCAUAUUGUAUAGCACAAACUCAAUAUUUUCUUUUUCUUUCCCUCAGUUUUCUCAGAAACCAAACUUAGGAUGCAGUUAAACUUCUUGCCCUUUUUGAUCUCUUCCUGAACCUCAGUGCCUAUCUCAUGGACCCUCCUUCCCAUCCAAACGAUUCUCAGCCUGGUAAUGGAGCUCAAUCUGCAGGGCCGAGACUGGAAGAGGCUUCCCCAGAGGAAGGGGGCUUCGUCAAUGCUAGUCUCAAGUACAUAAACAGGAUGCUCAUGGAAGACAAUAUUGAGGAAAAGACAAACACGUUGCAUGAUAGCUUGGCCCUCCAAGCUGCUGAGAAAUCCUUCUACGAAGUCCUCAGUGAGACUCAUCUGCCUCUUCGCCAUAUUGAUGAAGCCUCAGCGAAUCCAGAUGGCAAUUUUGUUCAGAAUUCCAGUAGUUCUAGUGCUGCUAACAACUUUGUUGAUUCAAACUGGUUCUCUGAUCUAGGCCAUUUUGGAGCCUCUCUCGAGCACACCCCUCCUUGACCAUAUGUUGCAGUCCAAUUCAAAAAUCUUAUGCUCUCCAGGGAACUUCAGUGAUAUCAACCAUGUGCUGCUAGACAAUUCCGUAAGUACCUUUCUAGCUCCUGGUUCAUGUUGUGAGAGCCAACCCGUAGCUCGUGUAAGGGAUAUAUCAGCUCCUUCAGAAUCACGGGAAAAAGCUAGGUUGAAGGGAAAGAAAAUCAA